CAAAGCAGGACUGAUCAUCUAUCCGCAAGCAGUAUACCCAUCCGUGAAGCGACCAAUUUAGACCGAUUUUGGGGGUAAGUCCACGAUGGAGGAGCAGUUCUUUAAAACAGCGUUAUCUGCGCUGGACUCGUUCGUGCUGGAUGACACCAGUCUGGCUCUGCCGGCCGAGCCGACUCCAAGAUCCUCGACGACAGGGAGCUCAAAUGAGCGCAGUCAGCGCGUUCACCAGCAGGUUCAGCUCACACUGGCACGGAAAGCGAGGAAGACUGUGUCUAAUGGUAGUGUCCAUUUACAGAAAAACAUGGCAAAGAGCUUUGAUGCUACCGAUGGACUUUUACCAAACGUGAAGGUAAAUGGAUUGGGCCUCACCCACCGCUCUCCAUCAAGCAACAAUGUGCGGAGACCACCAUCGAGGAGGGUGGAAGUGUCUCCACCACCGAGCCCAGAGUUACAACGCAUUCGCUUCAAUCAUAGUGCCUCCCGCUAUGGGAUGUACACCCAUCCAGGACACAGUCACUCACACAGGACGAGCACUAUGGUGGACUACUCACUUGGAUCGGAUUCAUUUCGUCGCUAUGCCUUCUCAGAGGUGCCCAGUGGCACGCGGCCGCUCGCAUCCACAUCUGCACGCGGGACCCUCCAUCGGAGGUCACUCAGAAAGACGGCAGCAACGCAGCCUGUGAUUGCGAACGCAGCGUUUCAGCGAAGCGGUGAUUACGACUCCCGCUGGAGCAAUAACCAGACUAUCGUCAAACAGGAGAAACGCACUGUGCGGGGACAAAGUGGUGAUAAGAUGUUUGGUGCUAUCCCGGCCGAGGAGGGCUUGCCCUGGUUGGCUCAGGUCAGGAGGGAGGGGAUCCGCAGAAUGAAUUCAUACCCGCCCUCGGUCACCAGCGUGGAGGUGGACAUGGGGAGGUGGAUGGAAGUUGAAGUUCCCAUCCAGCAGAUACAUGCUCAGAAUAUCAUGACACUGUAUGCGCAGUCAGAGGUCAAUCCUCCGGAGAUGACGUUGGAGAGGGCCGUGAACCUGCUUACCCAGGAUGAUGAGGACACGCUGAUCUCUGCAGCCAGCCACAUACAGAGUCAAUGUUUCAAGAGUGCUGAUGCUAAAAAGAUGGUGUACUAUCUCCGUGGGAUUGGAAAGCUCUUGCAGCUCCUGUGCAAUGACAAUGAGGUGGUGCAGCGUGUCGCCGCUGGUGCUCUGCGCAAUGUUGUUUACCAGAGCAGCGAAAACAAGAUGGAGGUGAAGGAAAAUGAUGGCCUGGCCACCAUUUUGCGUGCACUGAAGAGCAGCCAUAAUUUGGAGACCAGACGAGAACUUACUGGUGUUUUGUGGAACCUCUCCUCUCAUGACCUUUUGAAGGAGUGUCUCUCCAAAGAGGCCUUGUUGGUCCUCACCCAGUCAGUUCUGAUACCCAGUUCUGGCAUUUUUGAGGGCGAGAACCCAAAAGACGAGCUCCUAGCUGAUGCUGAUGCUUUCCACAAUGCCACUGGCUGCCUGCGAAAUCUGAGCUCUGCUGGUCCAGAUGGCAGGAAAGCAAUGAGGGAGUGUGAGAACUUUAUUGACUCACUGGUCUACUACAUCCGUGGAGCCAUAGCUGACUAUAAAACCGAUGACAAGUCCACAGAGAACUGCGUCUGCAUCCUUCACAACCUGUCUUAUCAGGUCGAGGCCGAGCUUCCCAAGAAGUACACCUUGGAUCUUCGAAAUUCUCAACAAAACUUGGCUCCCGAGCAGAAGGUUGUUGGGUGCUUUGCUCAUCGCAGUGCCAAGAUCACAGAGCAGUUGGAGCGACAGUGCCCCCUGCUGGAGGAGAAGGCUAACCCCCGAGGCAUCGAGUGGCUGUGGAGUGCCAUCACUAUCCGCAUGUACUUGUCACUGUUGGCCCGCAGUGUGCGUCACUACACCCAGGAGGCUGCCAUCGGAGCCCUGCAGAACAUCACAGCUGGGAACGGAGCGGUGACUGAAGCCAUCGCCUUCACUAUUGUUCAACGGGAAAAUGGCCUUCAGCAUGUCAGGAAGAUGUUAGAGGAGGGAGAGAGUAAUGUGAAGAGGAUGGCCAUAUCUUUAUUAAAAAACCUCUCGCGCUACCAGGAACUGCACCCUGACAUCGUGAAGCAGGUGUUGCCAGAGGUAGUCGGGAUGCUACCCAACGACGACACCGGCACCGACCUGCCGACCGAGGUGACGGCUUCUCUGUGUCACACCCUGACUAACCUGAGUCAGAGUGACACGCAGCACGUCAGAGCCGUCGUCAACCAGGGAGCCCUCAAAAAGAUCAUCAACAUCAGCAACAAGGACAACGGUUAUGGACCAACCAGAGCGGGUCAGGCUGCUUGCGUCUUGCUGCACACCAUGUGGAAUCACAGUGAUCUCCAUGGAGCCUACAAGAAGUGUGGCUACAGGAAAGCGGAUUUCAUUAAUGCGAGGACAACAAAGGCUGUGAACGCCAGAUGAGACUGAGCCGAAGAUCUAUAGCAAAGUCAAGCUGCACCUGUUUACAACAACGGCAACAAUCAUUGGUUGCAACACUCUUCCUCCUGUAAUGGGCCGCCUACAAUAUGCCUACAUUUCCCUUAAAGGUCCCAUGAAAGGGCUUUAAAGCUGUACAAGAGCAGGAUGAUAAAGUAACGAUUUACAGAACAAUAAACUUGCUUACACAAUACGUUUCUUUGUUUAGUUCCUUAUUAGAUACAUCAGAUGCAUCUUAAUGCCGCAUUGUUAGUAAAACUGACAGAGGAAUGUAGAAACCUUUCCUGAAAAUGCAAAGUUUCUCUAAUGAAAGUGAAUGUAUUUCUUUAUGAGUGUGUAGUUUGUUUACUGCAGUGGAAGCUCAACAGUUGAGAAAACUGUUUUGUGUGUUUUGGUUUAUUUUAGCAUUUCAGGCGACACAGUAAUUGAGCAACAAGAACCACAAUAAAGAGAUUCAAAUAUUCACACUAAAGUACUCGGGAAGGAUGAAAAUCAAAUCAACAGCCUUAUUUCUGUCAAACCAAUGAACUGUUUAAUGAAUAAAUGUAUAUAAAAUGUGUUUUUUGAAUAGAAUGACGUCCUACUGUAACACACAUCAAAAACAAGCUGAUUUAUUGCCGUGUGAUUUGAUUCCUCUGAUGAAUAAACUGUUUUGAAUGAAACUUAU